GCGGCGUCGGGGCGGGGGCGGGAGCCGGCAGCACCGUGGGGGAGGAGCGGCGGCAGGGCAGCGGCGGCUGGAGCUGCUGUCGCGACGGACGCGAGGCGGUGGCAGAGACCCACCCCUGUCCACAAGGACAAUCGCAAAGGCCACCGCUGAUGCAUUCGCCCCUGGGCGGGGUGGGCGGACAGCCGUAGCGCCGGCGACUGCAGAAGGAGCGAGGGGCCUGAGGAAGCCUGACAGUAGAAGCCCCAGCGCGGCGGGUGCGGCCAUUUUUACGGCCAGGGACGAAAGGGAGGCGUGUUUGUGCGCCUGCCUUUAACCUCUCUUCCUGGGGGCCUGUGGCUGGGGAAGUUUCUCAGGCGGCCUGGGUGGGCGGUGGAUGGGGAGUCGUGGGCCGAGAGGAACUGGGCCUGGAAAGCGCCGCCGUCGCCGCCGCCGCUCUCAUUGCCCCGGUGGGGCCUGAGGAGAAUCCGGGUGCCGACAGGCCUGGAGCGUCUGGCCUUCUUUGUGUAGGCCUGUCUGGACUGGGAGCGCCGCCCGCCUGUCGGCUGAGUCCUAGGCCCGCAACCCUGAGGCGGUUAUUCUUCUGCGGCCCGGCCCCUCUUCCCGGCGAGCGUGGCGGCUGUGUGGGCCAUGGAUUAAGGAGGAGGCGGCGUGGGAGGAGGAAGAUGGCGGCUGGCAAGAGCGGCGGCAGCACAGGGGAAAUUACUUUUCUGGAAGCUCUGACUAGAUCAGAAUCUAAGAGAGAUGGAGGUUUUAAAAAUAAUUGGAGCUUUGAUCAUGGAGAAGAAAGUGAAGGAGAUACAGAAAAAGAUGAGGCAAAUCUACUCAGUGUAGAUGAAGAUGAGGAUUCCGAAACCUCAAAAGGAAAAAAGUUAAAUCGCCAAUCUGAAAUUGUUGCUACUGGUUCUGGUGAUUCCUGGAAGACAUAUGCAAGACGAAACAAGACUGAAAAUCUAAAACUUUUAAAGGGCAACCCAAUUGGACUUAACAUGUUGAGCAACAAAAAGAAAUUGAGUGAAAAUACAUCAAAUGCAUCAUUAUGUUCUGGAACUGUCAUUGAUGGUAGAUGUUUUCAUCAUGCUAAUGCACAGAUACCAGUGGUAAAAACAGCAGCCCAAAGUCUGGACCAAAAGGAAAGGAAAGAAUACCCACCUCAUGUCCAAAAAUUUGAAAGUAAUCCUGUAAGGUUAGGUCGGCCCCAAGGUGUUGAUCGUAUAAUGAAGAAAACAGAAGAGUCUCAAUCACACUCAGAGUCUGAAAUUAAGAGGAAAGUAUCACAGAAACGUCACAGUACAUAUCAGUCUACAUCUCCUCUGUCUCCUGCCUCAAAAAAAUGUUUAACUGGUUUAGAGGAUUUGCAAAGAAAUUGCAGACAAGCUGUAACUUUGAACGAAUCAACUGGACCAUUAUUAAGAAUGUCAAAUCAUCAGAAUUCUGGAGGACAGAAGUCACAAAACAUAACAGUCAAGAAGUUUUAUGGCAACAGUAUGGGAAAGGUCCCAAUUGAUAUUAUUGUGAAUUGUGAUGAUAGUAGACAGAAUUAUUUACAGACUAAUGGCAAAGUUGUUUUGCCUAAGGCAAAAGGAACCAAAAUCACAAACCUGAAAGAAAAGAAAACAAGCCUGUCAGAACUAAAUGAUCCAAUCAUCUUGUCCAGUGAUGAUGACGACGACGACAGGAAUAACAGAAGAGAGAGUGUAUCUCCUCAACCUGCUGAUUCAGCAUGUUCUUCCCCAGCACCAUCCACUGGAAAAGUAGAAGCAGCACUAAAUGAAAAUACCUGUAGAGUAGAGCAUGAACUAAGAAGCAGUCCAGCAGAUUCAGAGUUAAAUACAGUUCCGUUGCCAAGAAAAGCGAGAAUGAAAGAUCAGUUUGGUAAUUCUAUUGUCAGCACACCUCUAAAGCGUCGCAAGGUGAUUCCUCAAGAAACUUUAGUUGAUCCUGUAUCUUUAGGCUGCCCAGGUUCCUUUGCCAGUGUCAUUUUAAACUGUCGAAGUAUACGAGUAGGAACACUCUUUCGGCUAUUAAUAGAGCCUGUAAUUUUGUGUUUAGAUUUUAUCAAGAUACAGCUAGAAGAACCACAAAAUGAUCCUGUAGGGAUUACUUUAAAUACCUCUGAUCUAACUAAAUGUGAAUCCUGUAAUGUCCGAAAAUUACCAGUAGUGUUUCUUCAGACAGUACCAGCAGUUUAUCAAAAACUGAGCAUGAAACUACAGAUGAAUACGGAGGAUAAAGUUUGGAAUGAUUGUAAAGGAAUAAAUAAGUUUACAAAUUUGGAAGGACAAUAUAUAAUUUUAAUUUUUCAAAAUGGCCUUGAUCACCAAACAAAUACAGCAUUUGAAAGUAUCAUUGCUGCAAUUGGUAAAAAGAAUAAUGUGUCCAAUUUUUUUGCAAAAAUUCCCUUUGAAGAAGCCAAUAGCAGGCUUGUUGCCUGUACAAGAACCUAUGAAGAAAGCAUCAAAGGAAGUUGUGUACAAAAAGAAAACAAAAUUAAAAAUGUGCCCCUGGAAUCUAAAACACAACUUAAAAACAAACAAGAAUUCCAGUUUUUUGAUGAUGAAGAAGAAACUGGAGAAAGUCACACCAUCUUCAUGGGCCCUGUAGAAAAAUUGAUAGUAUAUCCACCACCUCCAGCUAAGGGAGGUAUCUCCGUUACUAAUGAGGACCUGCACUGUCUAAGUGAAGGAGAAUUUUUAAAUGAUGUUAUUAUAGACUUUUAUUUGAAAUAUUUGGUGCUUGAAAAACUGAAGAAAGAAGAUGCUGACCGAAUUCAUAUAUUCAGUUCUUUUUUCUAUAAACGCCUUAAUCAGAGAGAGAGGAGAAAUCUUCAUGACACAACUAACUUAUCAAUACAGCAAAAGCGGCAUGGGAGAGUAAAAACAUGGACCCGGCAUGUAGAUAUCUUUGAGAAGGAUUUUAUUUUUGUACCACUUAAUGAAGCUGCACACUGGUUUUUGGCUGUUGUUUGUUUCCCUGGUUUGGAAAAACCAAAGUAUGAACCUAAUCCUCAUUACCAUGAAAAUACAGCCAUGCAAAAAUGUUCAACUGUAGAGGACAGUUGUAUUUCUUCUCCUUCAGCCAGUGAAAUGGACAGUUGUUCACAAAACUCUUCUGCCAAGCCUGUAAUUAAGAAGAUGCUAAACAAAAAGCAUUGCGUAGCUGUAAUUGAUUCAAGUGCUGAACAGGAAGAAAGUGACCCUCGUUAUCGGAGAAACAUAUGCAGUGUGAAAUGUAAUCUGAAAAAAAUAGAUCAUACUGCAAGUGAAAAUGAAGAAUCAAAUAAAGGAGAAUCUGCAUGCCAGAAAGUUGUUGAUAGGACUAAAAGUGAGAAUGGCCUACAGAAUGAAUAUUUAAGUUCUAUGCACCAUACAGAUGGUGUGAGCAAAUUCAGACUAAACUAUAAUGAUGAAUCAGCUGAAGCUACUAGUAAAAUGCUUGAAGAUGAACUCAUUGACUUCUCGGAAGAUCAGGAUAACCAGGAUGAUAGCAGUGAUGAUGGAUUCCUUGCCGAUGACACUUGCAAUUCAGAAGUAGGACAGUGGCAUUUAAAGCCUACUAUCUGUAAACAACCGUGUAUCCUACUGAUGGACUCGCUCAGAGGCCCUUCUCGAUCAAAUGUUGUAAAGAUUCUAAGAGAGUAUUUAGAGGUGGAAUGGGAAGUUAAAAAAGGAAGCAAAAGAAGUUUUUCCAAAGAUGUUAUGAAAGGCUCUAAUCCAAAAGUACCCCAGCAAAAUAACUUUAGUGAUUGUGGUGUAUAUAUAUUGCAGUAUGUAGAGAGCUUUUUUGAGAAUCCAAUUCUCAAUUUUGAACUACCUAUGAAUUUGGCAAACUGGUUUCCUCCCCCAAGAAUGAGAACAAAAAGAGAAGAAAUCCGAAACAUAAUUCUAAAGCUGCAAGAAGAUCAGAGCAAAGAGAAAAAGAAGCAUAAGGACACUUACUCAACAGAGACAUCUUUAGGUGAAGGAACAGAACAAUGUGUCAGCAGUAUCUCAGAUUGACCACUUUUGAUGCUUGUUCUCAGUGUUAUCUUGAAACUCAGUGACUGUCACCUUUGGGAAUAGACAGUAAAGAACUGAAGUGCCCACUACUCAGAGUGAUUUGGAAAUGUUAAUGCUUGUAUAAAUGUCAUAUAAUUAAUUUCCAAUGGAGUAUGUAUUAAGUCUGUAAAUAUGUUAAUGAGGCCAAUUUUUUCAGCAUUUAUAAUUAUUUUUUUCACUUGUUAGGAAGCUUUUGUUAUGUAUUUUCUGUUAAUAGUAAUUAAAACUGCAACUUCUAAACAGAAAAUAAAUAAAAAAAUAUUUAUAGGAAGAAAUGAUUAAUUUGAUAUUCUUCAGUGAAUUUGUAUUAAAGUCCUCAGUGGGUGUGAUAUGUUUCAUGGGGAUAUUCAGUAUCUAUGAUAAGUUUUUUGACCUUUUGCAUUUGUCCUAAAUAACUUGAAAUAUGAAAAUAAGAUGAACUCUAAGGCAUUUUGAACAAGAAAGACAGCUUUAUGUGCUUGUAUAGCAGGAAAAAAUAACAGCUUUUUAAAUUCAUAUAUUCCUUUGUGUCCAGAAACUCCAAAAUGGAAAAAAUAUUUAUAAUUUUCCAUAAGUAUUUAAGAAGAAACAGUAGCUCAAAGAAUAAUAACCUUGAAUUAUACUACUAAAUAAUAACUAUAUCAUAUAUUAUUGUCAGCUACAUUUCUGAAGACGUCUAAGACUCAGGUUAAAACUAUUUUGGUAAGUGCAGCUCCAAUUUUAAAUAUCCCAUGUUAUCUUUCUAUACUAUAGCUUAAAAUAGUCUACAAUCUGUGAUAUAGUUAAUAAACAUUUUUAAUCUGUGAACACAGUAAUUUAAAUAGGAAUUUACUAUUUUUUAUAAUGGCUUUUGCUAUUUUUUCAUUGCUCAUUUUAUUCUUGUUAUUUUGAUAAAGUAUCAGACUUUGUGCAUGAGAUUUUUAGUGUAAAUUAUUUUUACAUGUAAAAAUACUAUCUUUAACCAGUUGCUUAAUGCAGGAAAAGAAAAUCUCCUACCUUGAAUUCCCCUUUUAAAUUCUUAAAAAUGUGAUAGUUCUGAUGACAGAUUCACAACUCAGAGGAAUCUUGCAUUACCAGCUGAAGCUAUUAUUUUCAAAUGAAAUGUUAUUCAUUUUUUAAUUAACUUUGAGACUUGAAAUAUAUAUAUUUUAAAACUUUUUUUGUCAAAUAAUGAAUUUUAAAAUGCACAUAUAACAAAAAAUAGUUAACAAAAGGAAAGCCAUUUUUAUUAUCAUUAAUUUUAUUUUUAAUCCGGCCAUCUCUGGCAUUAUGACCAACAUUUUAGGCUAUUUUUAAUAAAGGUUGUGUGUGUUUGGAGUAAAUGGGGGGCAUUGUUAACCAAAAAAAACAAUCUAUUGAGACACACUCAUUAAGAAAAACCUUUAAAGUGGAAGCUUAAAGAAGGUCAUCAUUAGCACUCUCAAUUAUAUUUUGUUACUUUGAGCUAUCAACAUUUUUAAAUUUCUGGUUACAUUAUUUCUUUUUUUAGGAAUGUUCUAGAGCUAUUAGCUCAGAUAUGAAAAAAUAAAGAGUUCAAUUUUGUUAUUUACUGAAUAUGGACAAAAAUGGAAAUUGUUUUUAAAAAUGCCUGGUAGCAGUAAACAAAAUUUGAUAUAUUUAAUUUUUUAAUGUAUUGUAUUUUGUCAGAAUUUGAAGGUACUGAAAAAACUAUUCUAAAAUGCUUAUUUGUUUUUGUUUUAAUUUCUAAUGGUUAUAUUUUGCGUUCUUAAUUCUUGAUAAGAGAAAAAUAUAACGUGUCCUUUGGGCCCUCUCAAGUUAAUCACAUUUUGACAUGAAAAAUAUAGAUCGAUGCCAUCAGCUUUCUAAGAGGUGCAGUAUUCAUAUAUUUGAUAUUUCUCCCACUCCAUGUAAAAUUCUAUUAUUAAAAGUUAUACCAAUGACUUUGUUUAUGCACACACACACACACACACGCACACACACAGACAUACACCUGAAAACUUUGAAGACUGCCAGGUUGAACUCCAAAACUACAUUUGAGAAUCUUUGGUAUACAUGCACAUUUAUUUGAGGAUUGUGUACUGUAGUGCUUUUAUAUGUACUUUAAAGUGGCUAUCAGCCUCUUACAAUAUGUUAUUAGAAGUUGUGAAACAGAAUUUUAAAGUUCAGUGGUUUGUUACUAGACACUGAAACUGCAUGAUGAGUAUCUGGUGUCUUACCUCAUUAGAUAGAUCUGUUGUAUUUGUUUUCUUGUUGGAUAGAAUAACAGUUAAUCAUUUUUAGAAGAGUUUUAGAUUACUUGCCAUAAAAUUUGUAUGUGUUUUACCUCUUGGUAGUUUAGGAGCAAAGUAGACGUUUAACUAGUUCUUUCCCUUUGGUAUUGCUAAGACAGCUGAAACUUAAUGUUAAUUAUUCCAAGUACACAUAAAUCUCAAUCAUUUAAGCAUGGUAAUCUGUGCUUAAAUUAUUAGCUAUAUGUAGGAGGUUUUAUUUAAAAGGAUAAAAUAAUUAUUUAAAUUAUAUCUUAAGUCACCAAAAUAAAUUCAGUAUUUGUUCCUUUAAAAAACUACAAUCUUUGAAGAUUUUAAGAUACCAAAAAAAAACAAAAAAGACUUUAAUUUCCCAGACACCAGAUUGUACUUAAAGUCGCAAUUUACUGAACAGGAAUAAUAAAGAAUAUAUUUUAAUAUAUAAAUAUAUAUGAUCAAGAGUUGGUGGAGUAAAGCUAUUGGAAUAUGAUAGAAAAAAUAACUUAGAAGAAACAGAACCUUUAAGAGAUGAGGUGGUGUAGUGUUGUAUAUUUAGAAGAGAUACAGGUAACAAGGUUGCUCUAGAGAUUACUUUGAGGACAAAAGAGAGAGAGGAGAUUAUUGUGGGGACAUACUACACACUGUCUAGCCACAUGAAUAUAAAUGUAUAGUUUACCAAUAAGACAACACACAGUCAACACUGGACUGUACUGGGAAAUGUAAUCUACUAAAGAAUGUGCUGAAAUACUCCAGCAGGACUUUUGGUACCUUUGUUGUUUUUCUACUCUUAGGAAGAAGAAAAAGAGUUAUGAAAACUACUCUUCGAAACUUAAAUUUAACUACAGAGGAUGAAUCGGUUGAUCAAGUUGAAGAAAUGUGUACCUUGAGGGAAAGUAGUCCUACUAUCUUAAUUCUGACAAGCCACAUCAAGGGAUAAUGGUAGGACACCCUACACUACUAUUAAAGAAAUCACAAUGCAGUGUACUUAGGAAAAUAUCAUUGACCCAUGGCCUGAAACAAAAAAAAUUAAAAGCUUACAGGUCUUUAUUAUCUUUAUUGCAAAUAACAGCUAAAUUGUCUUUAUUGUUAAAUUAUUAUAGUGAAGAGUAUCUUAUCCAAAGCAAGGAUUUUUAUCUAGAACUAUAAAUCAAAAUCACCUUGCGAACUUUUUAAAAUAUACAUAACUCAAGUCUUAACUCCAGUGGUGCCAUGUAUUUUCAAAUAAUCCCUCAUGACGUUCUGGCAUGCAUCUUCUGUGUCAGGCCACUGAUUUGAAACGAUCAGUGUAUGUUCCCGACAGCUUUAAAGUUUCACCUCCCAAAGGUAAUAAAACUUGUUUUCAUUUUUUUUCAAAUGCUUUGGGUAUCACUUUACUCCCACCCACCAAGUUCUCAUUAAGAACAUGAUAGAAGGUCAAUGAUGAGAACUCAUAUUGUCCUGAAGGAGAGGAUGACUUAAAAAUCAUGCUCAAAUAAAAAAAAAAACAUAAUAGAAGAGGUUAAGUUGCUGUUACUAAGCCUUGAAAAAAUUUAAAGAAAAUUGUUAAGGUACUCAAAAGUUACAGACUGGCAGAUCAACCUUGCUUUUCAAAAGGAAAAAAGAUUCUGCAGAUUAUAAAACACAUCAAGUAGACAAAACUCUAAAGUGAAUUAUAUAAAUGGAUGAUUUGUGAACUCUUAAAGGUCACUAAGGAGUUAUGGAACCACUAUAAUCAAAGAUUUU